UGUGAAAGAAAAGUCUAUGCUUUGUAGCCUCUGCAACCUCUAGCGUGGGUGGAGGAAGGCCUGGAGGGAGACGAGGGAGGCAAAGGAGACCCAUCUCCCUGGCUUGUUCGAGCUGCCUGGGCGGGAAAGAGAAAGCGAGUUGGUGAGAGCGCAAAGGAGAAAAGAGGAAAAGGAAAGCCCGGGCCGGCCUGGAUUCUUGCGGUUGCGGGGGCGACUGAUUUCUCUUCUGCGCUCCUGCUCCUCGCGCCCCAAGCCGCGGCGGCCUUUCUUCCAACCCACCGCGGUGGCGCCGGCGCCAGCGCCGCGCCGCUAAUCUGUGUUGAUAUCUGGACCCUGCUUUUGGACAUUGUGCUGGUGGAGGAUCCAAUGGAAUCCCAGUUGCUGCUUUGAAUGGUCUGGUGGUUGGGAGAUGGAUCGCCGGAGUUGGCUGUGGAAGCGCAAGUCGUCAGAUAAGAGCCCUGGGGAGAGUGAUAGCUCUGGUUCUGCGUCAUCACACUCUGAGCCUUACUUCGAUGAUCAGGAAGUCAAACCUGUUUCCAGUAUUUCUUCCCCAAAUCAUAGUCAUUCACCUGAAGUUUCUUCAAGGAUUAUGACCGAUGAUGAGACUCAAGAAGCUGAACCAGCAAAAUCAUUGAAUGAGAAGCUGUUGUUGGCAACUAUCUUAAAUGACUCUUCUCCACAGAAUGGCCAGUCACCGCAGCCAGAGGUGUGCCAAUCUCCACAGCCAGAGGUAUCCCCAAAUGUUCGAGAUGGUGAUUUUCAGGAUUCUGUAAAGAGUUUGAAUGAGAAAGUGUCCCCAAAAAUUAGGGACGAUGAUGUCCAGGAUUCUAUAAAGAGUCUGAAUGAGAAACUUUCUGCUGCUCUUUUGACUAUCAAUGUGAAAGAGGACUUGGUAAAGCAGCACACAAGAGUUGCAGAAGAGGCUGUUGCAGGUUGGGAACAAGCUGAAGCUGAAGUUGCUUCCCUGAAGCAAUUACUUGAAACUGCAUCUCAGAAGAACACCUCUCUGGAGGAUCAGAUCAGCCACCUAGAUGAUGCCCUUAAAGAAUGUGUAAGGCAGCUUCGCCAGGCACGAGAAGAACAAGACAAGAAGAUCCGUGAUGCAGUUGCCAAGAAGUCUAAAGAAUUGGAGUCUGAGAAGUCUGAGCUCCAGAACCAUAUUGCCGAACUGAGUAAGCAGCUGGAAGCCACCAAAGUAGAAGCUACUACCGUGCAUGCCCAGCGUGAUCUGCAGGAAAAGCUUCAAAUAGUGGAGAAAGAGAACAAAGACCUCAAGGUUGAGCUACUCACACUGUCGAAGGAUCUGAAGAUACUUGCACGGGAAAGGGACCUGAGCAACCAAGCAGCAGAGACAGCAAGCAAACUUCACCUGGAAAGUGUGAAAAAGAUUACAAGAGUUGAGGCAGAAUGCCUUAAGUUGCGUUAUCUAACACGGAGAACGUCCUUGACCAAUGAUUCUAGGCCUAUAGCCAAUAGUGCUUGCAUGGAAUCUCAGAGCGACAGUCAGUCUGACAGUGGGGAGCGCAUGCUAGUUGCUGACAAUGAAGCGAAAAAUUGUGAUUCGUGGGCAUCAGCUCUGAUGGCUGAGCUUGACCAAUUCAAGAAUGGAAGCUCAGGCACAGGAAAUCUUGUGAACAAUCCUGUUGAGAUUGACCUGAUGGAUGAUUUCCUCGAGAUGGAAAAGCUGGCUGCUUUGCCUGAAGUAGACUGCGUAGGCUCUAGCUUCGGGGCUGAAACUGAUUCUGACCAGGUUGUAACUAGAGAUCAAUCAUCAAAAGUUGAAACUGAGUCAUUGCUGAGUCAGGUGGCAGAUUUGCAUGAAAAGGUUGAGAAGAUUGAAGUUGAGAAAAGGGAGCUUGAAAUGGCCCUUGCAGAUGCCAGAGAUCAUCUUGGCACAUCAUGUGAUGCUCUAAUGGUGGCCAACAACAAGUUGAUUGAUCUGCAGAUGCAGUUGGACUUGGCAAACGAGUCCAAACAUGCUGCUUUGGGACAAGCGGAACAACUGGAUGGUGAGAGGAAAGAUUUGGCAUUGCAAUUGGAGUCCAAGUCUGCACAAGUUGCGGAGCUCCAGCUGAUGGUGGCGUCACUGGAAGAAAAGGUAAACAGGAAGGAGUUGGAACUGCAGUUAGAGGUAAUUUCUGCUGAGGCUGCAGAUCUUCGCAAGACAGUGGUUUCCUUGGAAGAGAAGAUUGACGCAGAGAGAACUCUUUUGAUGAAGCACAAAGCAAAUGCAGACACGGCAGAGGCAUGUAAAGAAUCAUUAGAGGCACAACUGCAGUCUGCAAACACAGAGAUUGGGAAACUGAAAGGGAUUGUGCAAAUUUUGGAGAGUGAGGUGCAGAAAGAGAAGGCAUCUCAUGAAGAACUUGAGAAACAGGUAGAGACCAUGAAGGUUGAGUCAGAGAGAUCACUUUCUUCAGUGUGUUCUAAAGAGUCAUUAGAAGCGCAAUUACAGGUAGUGAACUCAGAAGUUGCAAAACUGCACAGGACAGUGAAUGAGUUGGAGCACGAUGCUACAAAAGAGAAGGCAUAUUCUUCAGACCUCCAGAUGCAACUAGAGGCAGUGGAAGGCAUCAGGAAGGUGUUGGAGUCUGAACUUGAGUCUUCACACCAGGAGACCAUGAAGCUCCGGGAGAAGGUUUCGUCAUUGGAAGUAAGGCUUAAGGACCAGACCUCAUUGCUUGUAGAAUUUACAGCUAAAUCAGAGGAUGCAGUGUCCCGGAGAAAGUCAAUGGAGGGUCAACUUGAAGCAGCAAAUCUGGAACUCACAAAACUGAGAAACAAGGUGAGCCUGCUGCAAGGGAAGGUUGAGCAGGAGAAGCUUCUGUCAGAAGAGUAUGAAGCCAAAUGCCGCAAGCUGGAGGCUCAGCUGUCCAGGGACAGCCGAGAGGCGAAGCUUUGGCAUCUUGCUAACUCAAACGGUGACCUGAAGGUCAAGCAGGAGAAAGAGCUAACUGGUGCUGCUGGGAAGCUCGCGGAGUGCCAAAAGACCAUCGCUAACCUUGGUCGCCAGCUGAAAUCACUAACUGAUCUGGAUGGUGUGGCGUCUGAUGCUGAAAAUCUGGAACCCAGGGACACACACCUUGACUUCAGGGAUGGCGACGAUGACCUGCUCUCUGCAGACAUGGCUGAUGGGUUGUACGAACCGGGUCUUCCAAGGAGGAAUGGGAGCUGCUUUUCGCCGAUUCAGCUGAAUCCAUCCUCGUCCCCACCCUCGGGAUCCCCGGUGUUUUCGGGGAGUCUGGCGUCUCUUAGUAGCUACUUGAGCAAAACAAAAAAGUGAAGAAUCUGAUGAGAGGAUUGUGCAUAAAUUAUUGACAUUUCGUUGAUGAUAUCAGUCGUUACCUGAUGGUAGAUCGGUGUACAUUUACAGAACCUGAUGGUUGCUUACGUUUUUGGUCAUCUAUUUCUCCUCGUUUGUGUU